UAUUGAAUACAGUAUUAAAGAUCGCUAUUAAGUCUCGUAAUAAAGUGUCGAUUCAUUUGCUUUUUGUGUUCAAAAUCAUAUGAUUUGACGAAUGAAUCGAUGAUUUGAUUCAACGCUUUGUUUAUAUGUUUUGUUAGGAAAACAAACAAUCGAUUCAUUGAUUGUGUGAUUGACUCGAGAAUUGUGUCCCAAAUACAAGACAUUUAGGAAAAUGUGGUUUUUCUUACUGUUGGCAACGAUUGUGAUGUCAAUUGUGUUGUGUUUGACAAUAGUUUAUGCGUUGAAAUACUUCGGCAUCUUUGAGAAGAUAGAGGUGAGGGUGGGUUCGCCUCCCUAUCCCUUCGGCGGUCAACUCAUCGCCUAUAAGAAGUUGCGGUCGUGUUAUGCGGACUCGUCGGCCCUCUUCACGGAAGUGGUGUCAUUGGUUCCCAAACUCAACACAUUUGGCAUCUAUUUGGACGAACCAAACGAAGACAACCGAAACAAUUGCCGAUUUCUGGUCGGAGUUAUACUGAACGCCGAUUCGCCGGCUUUUGAGGCCAACAAACAACUACUGGAGACCAAAGGCUUCGCUUGCGGUCAACUGCCAGACGUGGAUCACGUCGUCCACACUAUCUUCCCCUUCCGAUCAGUCAUUUCUGUGGCCAUCGCUAUAAGGCGUGUCUAUCCUAUCAUUCGCUCAUAUAUUGUGGAACACAAUCUUUGCGCUCAUCCGGCGGUCGAAGUGUACGACGAGAACAAUAUAUACUUCAUGUUUCCGUUGGCCAAACAGAACCAGUUCUACCAAUUGUAUGGAUCCGAUGAAAUCGAUGACAGCGACGACGACAACACCGAAGAGGACGACGAACCCGAAGAGGAGGAGAAAGUGAUCGAUAACGUGACCGACAACGACGACAAUGAGGCCCUCAAUGAUGGCAUUCAAAUGCGAUUAAGAAGUUCUAAGUCUAAAAAGAGCUCAAAUAGUAGUACGAGUUCUUCGUUUGAAGAGCUGUUAGCGGAUGAGUUCCACAAAGACUCGUAGAGACAUAUCAGUGAUCA